GAGGUGAAGCACAAGCAAUCCUGAAGAAUCUCCAGAACACGCAGAAAUUGUUUGAUGCAGACAAAUAAAGCAAAGUCCCAACAUGGAGAGACAUCAGCACUCUGUCAAGAGUUUUACUAAACAGAGUGAUCUCAAAAAACAUCAGCGCAUUCACACAGGAGAGAAACCGUAUCACUGCUCAGACUGUGGGAAGAGUUUUACUAAACAAAGUGAUCUCAAAAAACAUCAGCGCAUUCACACAGGAGAGAAACCAUAUAACUGCUCAGACUGUGGGAAGAGUUUUACUGUACAGGGUAGUCUCAAAAAACACCAGCGCAUUCACACAGGAGAGAAACUGUAUCACUGCUCAGACUGUGGGAAGAGUUUUAAUCAACAGAGUACUCUCAAAACACACCAGCGCAUUCACACAGGAGAGAAACCGUAUCACUGCUCAGACUGUGGGAACAGUUUUAAUCAACAGAGUCAUCUCAAAAAUCACCAGCGCAUUCACACUGGAGUAAAACCAUAUUACUGCUCAGACUGUGGGAAGAUUUUUACUACCCAGAGUGCUCUCAAACAACAUCAGCGCAUUCACACAGGAGAGAAACCGUAUCACUGCUCAGACUGUGGGAAGAGUUUUACUAAACAGAGUAAUCUCAAAAUACACCAGCGCAUUCACACAGGAGAGAAACCAUAUCACUGCUUGGACUGUGGGAAGAGCUUUAAUCGACUGGAGACUCUCAAACUGCAUCAGCGCAUUCACACAGGAGAGAAACCAUAUCACUGCUUGGACUGUGGGAAGAGCUUUAAUCGACUGGAGACUCUCAAACUGCAUCAGCGCAUUCACACAGGAGAGAAACCGUAUGAGUGCUCAGACUGUGGGAAGAGUUUUACUACACAGAGUAAUCUCAAAAUACACCAGCGCAUUCACACUGGAGUAAAACCAUAUUACUGCUCAGAUUGUGAGAAGAGUUUUGCUACACAGAGUCAACUUAAAAAUCACCAGCGCAUUCACACAGGAGAGAAAACUGUCCCAAAUUUGUUCCACGGCAAUAAAAAGCGCAAAUCGUAAAUCUUUCAGACAGAACACCUUAUCCUACACAAAUGUUUCACUUUGUCACUUGGGAUACGUUCCACCAGAAACAAACAUGAACUGAAUUUAACAAUGGAUUUUAAGGAUUCUUAGUCUGCAACUAAGCAUUUUGGAUCAAACCUUCAGUGCUUAUGCCUAAAAGGUUUUGAAUGCAUUUAAUCGCUUUUCUAGUAUAUACAGAUUUAAUUAUUUCCAUUAAUUUUCGAUAUCUCUGUUUUUCCUCUGUGGAAGCCGUCCUCAGUUCCCCAAGCUUAGCAUAGCUUAGUUCAUGCUAUCAACUGCCAGGCCGCCCAUAUGAAAGGAUAAGGGGAAAACACCACCUGAGGAACUCCAGAGAGAGUGUGUCCCAAAAGUGUGACCCAGAGCCACAGAGAGACGACACUGUGCCGGGUGGAGCAUUCAGACCCCACAGAAAGGCCAACAAAAUCUUUUCCAGAGGUUUAAUAAAACGCUCCAGCCGUAGUUCUCAUACUGAAAUCAACCCCCUCCAGAUCUGUAUAGCGCAGUAAAGUUGCUGGCUCAUUUAUUGCCCCUGCUGUUGUUCUCUCUGUUACCAUAGAGGGAUAUUUGGUUAAUGUUUAACUCAAGUUUUUUACUCUUUUUCUUAUUAGAUAUUGUAUCUUGCUUUUUAAUCUCCAAAGUUACUAAGAAUAUCCAAUUAAUUUAGUUCAUUGAUUGUUUUUUAUCCAGUAACAACUAUUAUCCUUGCAUUGCUUCACAUCUAUAUUUACUAGGGGUGCAGGAAAAAAUCGAUUGGAGCUAACAUUGAACGAUUCAGAAUCGAUUCUCAUUUUCCUAAAAACGUGUUUUUUGGGUGAAGCUACUGUCGCGCUGAGCUUUUUAACUGUCCUGCGGAGCUCUUUAACUGUUAAAAAGCUCUGUGCGACAGGUGAACUCCCAGUUAGGCAACAGAGGGGUGUGCAUGCUAAAAUCCAGUGUAUUUAGUAUCUUCUCUGCUUGUUACAUAAUUAUAGCCUAUCUAAGGUUCCACUCUUGACCUUGUGGCUGUUUGAGUUUUUUUUCCAGUUUUAACAAUGUCUACCUUUUAGAAAUGAAUACAGGAUUAGUCAACCAUGCUAGAAAUUAAUCAUUCAUUAUUGUGGCACUGUCACUAUAUUGCAGAAAUAUUUUAUACAGUAAGGAACCUAAGUUUAUUGUUUGAAAUAAAUGUUCUAUUUGUUUAAAUUGUCCUUUCAUCUUUUUAUCUUCUCACAUAAUUUAAACAAAAAUUAUAGGCCAUUUGAAUUGAUAAAUCAUUCUAGAAUCGAAAAUCGUUUCUGAAUCGAAUCUUGACCCCAAAAAUCGGAAUCAAAUCAAAUCGAAACACUGAGAGAUUCAUACCCCUAAUAUUUAAUCGUGUGUGUUUCAAUAAAAUGCUUUUAUAUUGCAAGAUCUCCAAUCUCGUGUUUUCUCACUAUAUGGUUGAUAACCUUUCUGUGACCUGGAACCUAUCCAUCCUGAGCCUGUUUUAUGUUAUUAUUUGGUGAAGGGUGUGAUUGGAGAUAACCACACCUGCACACUCUUAUUUUUAAAUGUUUUAUACAUUUAUAUAUACAGUUAUUACUUUUUCUGUUCACUUAAUAAUUUAUUUAAAAACUGCUUUCUUUUUAACUGUCACAAUGACGCAGGGCUUUGAAGGUUGUUUGUACUUUUUCAGAAAUCAGGAAGGUCAGAGUGUUUUCAUCAACAGUGAGAGCUGUGAGGAGAACGUGACCCUGAGUGGCAGAGAAGCUUCACUGCUGUUCUGGGACCAGUGCAUAUGAACUAGGAGACAACAAGCUCUCUGAGUGAAGUGCUGGGAACCUCUCCUCAGAUAUCCAGCGCAUGCCUGUUCUACACGCCGUAAAGUCGCACACAGGCCAGAAGAUCUUUCCAUCCACUCUUUUCCUCUGUUUCAUCUUCUCACAGACUUUAGGGCACAUAAGGAUUGUUUGGAACACAAGGACUGUCUGCUGUGUUCAUGAAGGACACAGAGCUGAACAACAUCAUGAUAAGAACUUGUUGCUCAGACAGGCUGGAGCUGAUCACAUCAUUGGAACUGGACAACAAGCUGUUAACUGGACUGGAUAAAUGUAUAACUGCUUGGAUUAAGUCUGGAGGGCUCCCUCUCUUUCUCUCUCUCUGGGUUGUGAAUGUGUUGAUCUAUCACGAUUUUAUUACACGAUUUUAUGUUCACUCGUUGAUGUACUUUUACUCUUUUCUAAUAUAUAUUUAUAUAUAUAUAUAUAUGUAAUGCUGAAACUAUGCUUUUUCCAGUGAACUUUCAUACAUUUUAAAUUCUAA